AUGUGUUUCAGAAAACUCUCUGGACAUGCUAUUUGGAAUCACCUUUAUGAAGACUUUGGUAAAAUGACUGCUAAGCAGAAGGCUGAUAUGCUUCUGAGAUUGCUUUUAAAGCUUUUCACUUUGAAUGACCCCUUGACGGAAAAGAUGGAGCUUUUAGAAUCAGGUAGCCAUGACGUUUUUCCUCUUACUUAG